AAACGUCAACAAAUUUAAAACCCGUAAAGCGGCUAGAGCAAGCAAUUGGCAAACUAAUCGUGUAAAACUGAUUGUUUUUUAAAGUUAUUAUACCUAUUUAAGCGAACAUGAGUCAAACGAAUGUGGAAAAAGUGUACCUCUUCGAAAAGGACCGAGUUGCAAGUUUCAAAAAAUGGCCCUUCUCAAGUUCCAGUUCGUGCAACAUUCAGAAGAUGGCCGAAGCGGGUUUUUGUUGGCACGGGGACGACAACGAGCAAGAUACGGCCAUUUGCUUCGUGUGUAGUAAAGUACUGGACGGCUGGGAGGAAACCGAUGAUCCAUGGACCGAACACCGAAAGCACGCCCCCCAAUGUUUGUUCGUUAAGUACGGUCGACCGGAAUCAGAAUUGACGUGUGAAGAAAUGAUCAGUUUACUGGAGACAAUGUUGAGACAAAGAGCUGAAAACAAAUACGCCUCACUGAAGAGCUGCCUUCAGUCGCACAUCGACAAGAAACGAAAGGAACUAAUGAAGCAUCUCUCGAAGGGUUAAGCAACUUUGGAUGAAUGUUUAUAGUAUUAUCUUUACGUUUAGGUUCAGCUGCGCCUUCCUGCUGUCAUCAAAUAUAUUUUAACUAUUCAAAAAUA